GUUUGCUUUUCGAGCUCUCAUUUGAUUACGUUACGAUUAUUUCUUGGGAAAGUCGAACAGUACCUGGAUUGCCACAAACAAUGCAUUAGUGUGUGCUGGAGUGCCGGAGUGCCGGACAAGUCGAACAAGGUGAAGCAGUUGGAAGUUUCUGAAUGGAUGGGCACUGCUUUGGGGCCUCUGAAAUGAAAGUAUGGCGGAGGAAAAGACAGUGUCACUGUUGCCACUACCCAGGUUGAUAGUCUUGAGUGAGCAUACAAAUAAUGCAGUGUAUCCCCAAUUUUCUAACUCAUUUGACAUAUUAGUUUUCAUCAUUUGACACUGUCAUCUUAAUCUCAUAAUAGAAA